AUGUUUUUGCAAGUAUUAGUUGAAUUUGCAAUUUUGGCGGCGAUUGGGGCUUCUGGGGCCGCGGGAUCUGCGGGAAAGCCCGCAGUCGAAGUCAGCAGCCUCCGCCUGGGCUGGUACUUAAGCGAUGUCGAGAAAGCGCUGCGGACUUUCCAGUCUCGUUGGCGGCUGUCUUCAGACUUUGUGAAAAGAGAAUUUGAAGACCUUUACACUUACUGGGGGCUUCUUUCGGAGCCCGGGGGUCCGGAUUUGCUGGUGCUGCUGCGGCAGCAAGUGGAGGCCGUGCGCAACUGCCCGUUUCCGCCGGACAGCAGCAAAAAGGCGCAGACAGACUUCGCGCUGCACCUGCUGCUGCUGCGGGCCGUCUGCAGCGCAGCAAACAGCCGGCUGAAGGACCUGGAGAGUCUGCAGGCGCUGCGCGCUGCUGCGGGGCUGCAGCAGCAGCAGCAGGAGUGGGAGAGCAGCUUUUUGGAGUCUGCUGCUGCUUCCGCAGCUCUUUCGGGAGCAGAAAAGCCAGGAGUGACAGCAGCAGACUUCCUCUUGUCCCUGGGAAUCCCCGUGACCACUGGUCUCCCGGAAAGCACAGUAAACGCGGACUUGGCGAAGAAGUUCGAGUUGCUGUUUGCUGCGCCGACGCGAAACACUGUGAACGACUACGCAGUGAAGAGCGACUUCUUUUCCUUUUUCGAAGCUUUUAACGCUUUUCCUUUUCAAAACUCCGUGGCUUUCGAGGCCUACAAAGUCCCCUGUUCAGACAGCUGGUUCCCAACUCAAGAACUUGCAAGUGCUGCUUCCCAGCUGUCGCUGGAAGCAGCAAACGCGGAGUUGCUGCAGCGCGAGGAGCAGGCGCAGCAGCUCGCGCACCACUGGUCCACACCAGUGGUCCUUGCUGCAGCGCAGCAGCAGCAGCAGCAGAACCGCGCUGCUUUCGAAGCCCGAAAGAAACAAAGAAGCAAACAGAUCCGAACACUCCUCACCCAGGUGGGGCCCCGCAAUGAGUUGCUUCUCGCAGCAAUAGCUUUGCUUUGA